AACAACAUGGAAUCAGAAAACCAAACAGGCGUAGCAGAAUUCCUGCUCCUGGGUCUCUCAGAGGACCCAGAACAGCAGCCCCUCCUCUGUGGAGUGUUCCUGUCCCUGUACCUGGUCACCGUGCUUGGCAACCUCCUCAUCAUUGUGGCCGUCGGCUCUGACUCCCGCCUCCACGCCCCCAUGUACUUCUUCCUGUCCAACCUGUCCUUGGUGGACAUCUGCUUCACCUCCACUAUAGUCCCCAAGAUGCUGGUCAACAUCCAGACAAAAAACAAAGCCAUCACCUACGCAGGCUGCCUCACUCAGAUAUAUUUUUUCAUGUUUUUUAUGUGUAUGGACAAUUUACUCCUGACCGCGAUGGCUUACGACUGCUAUGUGGCCAUCUGCCAGCCUCUGACCUACGCGGCCGUCAUGAGCCCAGGCCUCUGCGGCCUGCUGGUCCUUGUCUCCCUGGUCAUUAGCCUUAUGAACGCCCUGCUCCACAGCCUGAUGGUGCUGCAUCUGUCCUUCUGCUCAGACUUGAAAAUCCCGCACUUUUUCUGUGAUCUCGCUCAGAUCCUCAAACUUGCCUGUUCUGAUACCCUCAUCAACAACAUCCUGAUGUAUUUAGUGACUAUCCUUUUGGGUAUUGGUCCCCUUUCUGGGAUAAUUUUCUCUUACACUCGAAUUGUCUCCUCCAUCCUGAGAAUCCCAUCAGCUGGUGGAAAGUAUAAAGCUUUUUCCACCUGUGGGUCUCACCUGUCUGUUGUUCUCUUGUUCUAUGGGACUUGUGUUGGAGUCUACCUUAGUUCUGCAGCCUCUCUCUCCCCCAGGAGGAGGGCAGUGGCCUCGGUGAUGUACACAGUGGUCACUCCCAUGAUGAACCCCUUCAUCUAUAGCCUGAGGAAUAGAGACAUACAGGGAGCUUUAAGGAAAUUCAUCCCUAGAACAGGUUCCUUUUCAUGA